UCUGAUCGUCGUCGCCGUCGCGCUCGCCCACAGUGGAAUAUUAUUACGCCAAGUGUUUGAUCGUCUGCGUGUGUGCAGUGCUCUCGAGGAACAAGAAAAGUCGUACGUUCUUCCUUCGCGCUCGCUCGACGCGUUCACCCAUUUGUUUUGAUCGUAAGAGCGAAUCGAAGGAAUCAAGAAUACAAAUUAACGAUGGUGAUAACAACGUACGAGGAGGGCCGAGCGGCGCGUGAUAUCUGCGCGAGAGAGCGAGCACUGACCCGCUGAGAAGUACACGAGAGUUGUGAUCUCUGCAGCAAGUGCGCGGGGCCAAAGGGAGCAAGAGGGGAGCUCUGAGCUGAGUGCAUGCAGAAUUGAGUUGUGUAUUUUUAUAAUUAUAAAAAAAAAAAAAAAAAAAAAAAACAUGCAAGUACAUACGAUACACAUAUAUGUCGCGGGAGUACGGUGAAGUGUGUCUGUGUAUAUAAAAAGCUGUAGUGUGGAUAAGUUUGGGCUUUCUUUCGUGGCGGGGAAGAAAAACCAUAUAUUUCACAUGUACAGUGACGGUGUGUUUUUUUUUUUUUUUUUUUUACGUAUUGUUGUGAAAAGAGAUAUAAUACAGCAGACGGAAAAUUCUGAAGUAUAAAAAAAGGGAGUUGUACGUUAGAAGAAGAGGAGGAUCGUUGGCAGAUGGCGACAUAAACAGCGGUGCAUUAUGACAAACAGCGGUGCCAAAGGCUACGCACCUCUGCAGUCCAGAAGGCGCUCGCAGCGACUAUAGGUACUGCCAUUGGUGGUGACAAGGAUGUAGAUUUCGCACGUGUACUCGUGCCACCUACUUUUGGACGUCGCAUCAUACGUACACGGUGGUGUAACGCAAGACACACGGAGGUAGAGGCGAUGCCGAGGAGAAGAGCGCGCAGUCCAGGCGCUAGUGGACAUCGGCACCUGUUCCGCGGACGGUUAUCUUGAGGACAUUCCGCUCGUUGUCGUUCUUCCAUCGCGUAAAGUGACAAUUGUUUUUUUUUUUUCCCUCACCCACGCGAUACGGGAUAGAGGAUUUUCGGUGGCUUUUUUGUUGUUGUUUUUUUUUUUUUUUUCCUCAUCCGCAAAAGAACGCGCGCCUGAAGUUGCGGGUGGCGAUCGACGAGGUGAAUGGUUCGUAACAUGGCUUUUAUGAUGAAGAAGAAGAAGUAUAAAUUCUCGGUGGAGGUCGGCUUGGAGGAACUGACCGCAGUGCCGUUCGUCAGCGCCGUGCUCUUCGCCAAGCUCAGGCUGCUCGACGGCGGAUCCUUUGUCGAUCACUCCACGAGGGAGGAAGUGCAGGAGCACACGGUGAGAUGGAACGCCACGUUCAAGUUCCUCUGCAAAAUGAGUGCCAAUGCAUCGACGGGUGUACUCGACCCUUGUAUAUUAAGAAUAUCUGUUAGAAAGGAAUCCAAAGGAGGCAGGUCCUUCCAAAAGCUCGGUUUCACCGACCUGAACUUGGCCGAAUUCGCCGGAGCUGGUCUCUGCCGGAGGAGGUGUCUACUCGAGGGCUACGACGCGAGGCACCGCCAGGACAACUCCAUGCUCAGGGUCGCCAUCAAAAUGAACAUGCUCUCGGGCGACAUCCUCUUCAAAGUGCCGUCGCCGUCGCCGAAGCAGAUGCAGCUGACGGUGCCCGGCCCACCGGGGGUCGUGCCCGUGGUCGUGCCCGUCGAGACGGUGGACGACGACGAGGCGACCGCCGUAGGUCCCGACAGGUGCGCCAGCAACCGCGAGGACUACGUAUCCACGGGCUCGCUCGCCGGCAGCAUAGCCAGCACCAGCAGCGGCUUCGGCAGUCUUCCGAAAAAGAGGCCGGCCCUCUUUACCUCCGAAUUGCUGAGCGGCUCCGAGGCGUCGUGCGGGGACGCGAUGACGCUGAACGAGCUCCUCCCGAUGUCGUCGGGCUCCCUGUCGGCGGUGGCGACGACCCUCACGACCGCGUCGAGCAACGCGACGACGAACAACACGACGACGACGACGUCGAUGGCCGUGGCGAGCGUCGGCGAGCAACAGCCCCAGGGGCAAGUGUCGCAGGAGGCCGGCCACGCGGAGUCCGGGCACUCGCGCAACAGCAGCAACACGAGCCAGCUGAGCAAGGGCUCGGGCUACGGUAGCCUCAACUCGCACAGCCAACACAGCCGGCAGAGCAGCAGCGGCGGGGACAGCGGACACAUCAGGUCGCCCUCUUGGCCGGUAUGGGCGCCGCGUCUGCCGAGCCUCUCAAACCAGCCGGACACCCCGAACGGGGCCACCAGCAACACCGCGAGCACCACCAACGGCACCAGUGGCGGGGGCAACGCGGGCGCACCCCCGUCCUGCUCCAAACUACUCGAGGUCCCCGACACCAGGGCCAUCAUCAACGAGGACACCCAUAAUCUGACCCUCUCCCCACCCUCGCCCCUCAGCCUCGUGGUACCCCGCUCGCGUUUCGGCUCCACGGGCACCCCGACCUCCUCCUCCUCCUCCUCCUCCUCCCUCUUGCGAUCGAAGCUCUCGUCCUCUCUCGCGCUCUCCCACACUCCCAACCAGCGCAACGGCCUCACCCCGACAAAGAGCCCCGAGUUUCGAGUGCCCUUCAACCACCACCACCACCACCACCACAGCAACAACAACAACGAUAAUCACGUCAACAAGAAGACCAGCGGUGGCAGUGUUGUUACUACCAACAACCAAAACAACAACAACAAUAACCACAAUAACAACAACAACAACAACAACAACCACAACAACAACAGCAGCAGGACGCUGUUGGGGUAUGGUAGGCGGGUGACCGUGUCCUCGAAGACGUACGACUGCAUCGAGUUGGCCGGCAAGUCGAGCAGUCCCGUGAUGCUGAGGCUGGCCGAGCAGGCACGGGCCGUGUCGUCGCCCGAUCCCCUGCACGGGCCGUCCUACAUUGCCACAGCCGCCCCGACGGCUCAGUCGUACUGCAGCAGGGGCGUCCCUGGCAGCGGACACCGUAGCAAAUUACUGCUGGAUGGUUGCGGCGCGGGUGGGAUGAAGCUCGCGGCAGUCGCCACGAGUUCGGAUCCCGAGGAGUCCUCCUCUACCACGCUGAUCGUGCCCGAGCUGCUCACCACGGCCUCCCAGCACCGAAACAGCGUCUCCCCACCGAACACGUCGGGUGGCUCGGGUCUGAGUGAAACCGGCUCGCUGGACAGGGCCAAGGCGGCGCUGGAGCGGAGAAAGAAGGCCGGCGAGGACAACGCGGUCAACCCCGGGCUGUGCAGGGUCGAGGUCACCAGGGUCAACCCGGACUCGCUCAUCGACGAACUCAUCAAAGCGACGAAUCUCGAGCAAUCGGUCCUCGAGAGCUCGGAGACCACGGGCUUGCAGCUGUUCAUCGCGAAGGACGGCACGACGGCGCUGGGCUCGCACGACGUCAAAUCCCAGAUGUCGGCGGGCGUGUUCAAACAGGUGGUUAUGGAGGAGCAGAGCAGGUAACAGCAGCACCAGCAGCACCACUCCGAGGCAGCCCCGACGGAGCAGCCUCGAGUGCCGUUGCGUCGACACGGCCACCAGCGCCAGUCCGUCGCCUUCUGCACCAGCACCAACUUCGGCCUGGCCCUCGUGCCCGAGUUAAGCAGCUGCGACCUCCGUGACUCCGAAGACCACGAGCUCCUCACCAGCUUGUGAGGUUUUUCGCUACUGAUGCGCAUUUGCGAUCUGCAAGCUCAAUUCUAUCGGUUGCUUUUUUUUUCUUCUGUAUUGUACCAUGUGCUUGGACGAAGCGCCAGUGCGGCCGAAUCGACGUUUCCGACAAAGAAAAGAAAUCCGACGAUUUGACGAAUCGAUGGGAGACGGUUUUGCGGAUCGCGUGUGUUACUUUUUCGUCAAUGAGCGAGAGGUUGCGUUGGCACGUCCUUGAAUUAACGACAUUGUUAAUCGAACCGAUUUUUUUUUUUUUUAUCUUUGAAAAUAAAGAGCCGAAUUUUUCAUUGUUCCUUGUGAUCAAGGGGUCAGAUAACCCAAUCGGAGCCCGGCUGGUGGAAAACAAAAAAUUUGUCGGUGAUUGCUUUGUCAAUUCGUUACUCGUCGAUAUGUUUUUAACGCGCGUAUUAUAACGUAUAAGUGCGAGUAUGCGUGUGAAAGAAAAUUCGAAUCAUUUUCAUGUGUAGGAAAAAACAGGCUGGUAAGGACUUCAAAUGAAGGUGAGAAAAAGGUAUGAGGAAUAACAAACGAAUGGAUAAUCUCUAAGUGUGGAUAAAGUAAAAGCUCAAUGUAGGCGAAAAAGAAAAAAAAAAAAUUGACGCAUACUCAAUUUUCACGGUAUGGGGUGUGUGUAACCCAUGUUUUCCGAAAUUAAGAUAAAAGAAAAUGAAGCUUGGGAUUUUGGUUCGGCGAAGUGGAGCGUUAGUCAGUGGAAAAAAUGAAAUAAACUAAAAUCGAGUUCAGAGGGAAGAGGCAGGUGUGUAAAUAAGCGCUAAACUGUGUAUAUUAUAAUAAAAACGAUGGAAGAAAAAAAAAAGAAAAAAAAAACAGAUGCGAAGAAAAGACGCGAGCUUUUUUGCUUUAGGUGCGACGAAAUCUUAUGAAUUUUGACUUACGUCGACGCUCGUUGUGUAGGAAAAACGUGAUCAUUUUUCAAUUCGUUGCGCUCUGUUAGCCUCUUUUUUUUCUUUGCUAUUUUUAUUGUAUAUUUAAAACCGACGUUUUUGAGUAUUGAUUACUUUGUCUCUUCAGGUUUAUUCAACAGUAUUAAGUUCAUGAUUUCUUUUCUUUGUCUUUUUGUCAUUCCUUUAAAAAAAUAUUUUUACUGCUUUCAAAAUUGUUUUCUAUUUAUUAUUAUUCAUUUUUUUCCAUCAGCAAGUACUCCCAAAAGACAUAUUUGACGUAUCCAAUGAUAAAAGUUGACUGGUCAUUGAACUUUUUUUUCUCUCGAUAAGAUUGCUGGGAAACAUUUUUCAGUUGUUUCGGUAAUUUAUCGUGCGAAAACAAAUGAUAACAUUUGUUAAAAUAUGCAAAUUGAGAAUGUUUCAAUAAAUUUUCCUUUUUUAUCGAAAAAGAACUGAUUUUAAGCGCAAUUAACUUUGAAAAUUAGUUUUUUUUUUCAAACGAGUAACAAUUAGUUAUUUUUUCGAAAUAUCCAAGAUUUGUAUAAUUAAGGGUUUUAAUAUUCGUACUUUGUAAGUUUUACUGUUGAAUACAUUGUUCAAGCCAAUCUCAUUUUCCGCAGUACAUCCCUUUAUCGAUUUCCUGUGAUUCUCAUUAACAUUGAUUUCAAUAUCUUUCUUAAUUUACAAAUUUUUUUCUCUCAAACGAUCAGAGUAUUGCAUUGUACAGUAACAAUAAGACAAUGUGCUUUCGUGUACUGAUCCAAAGAAAAUUUAUUGCUGUUCGAAACAAGUUUCAAAUGGUCGGUUAGUGCGAAGCUGCGAAUAUUAUUAUAAAAAAUUGUAAAUAUAGCAUAGUACUUGUUAUAUAUAGUUAAGUGGCUGGUGUUGUAUACAUUUUUUUUCAUAAGUAAAUUUAAAAAGAAAACGCGUAUUCCUUUGUUUGUAUGACGUGCAGAUUUUAUCUGCGAGAAGUUAAAAAAAAAAUAAAUAAAAAAAUGAUUGCGAUUAUUUGUGUAUGUUGAAACGACAGCGUGUAUGGUUGUAAAAACGUAAUAAGGAACUUGUGAUUAUUUCCGUUUGUCUCAAAGUGGACGGCAUUUUGGGUAAAUGAUAUUUGCUAAGUAAUGAAUCGCUAAAGUAAUUCAAACAAACAACAAAAGAUGAUAACAAUAAUAUGUGAAAAAAUUUAAUGAGUUCAUAAUAUAUGCAUAUUCCGAUCACUUCCAAACAAAUAUCGAGUGUACCGACGUAAAGAGACUCGUUUCAUAAUUUACUUUUUUAAUAAUUUGACACCGAAAAGUUCCGCAAAAUAAAAGGGUACAUUGAGAACCUGCCUUUUAUCAAAAAAAAAUACAUAUACUGAUUGAAUAAUUUUAUUUACGCUUUUUACGCGAGGAAUCAGACAUGGCGACAAGGCAAUAUUUUUCAACAUCAAAUUGGAAUUUUUCGUAUUCCAUUUGUCCUGAAAUUGUUUAGCUCGAGUAACUACAAACAAUGUGAUGCUCACUCGGUAUGUUUAAAACACUGACUUUAUAUUAAUCAAAUCAAGAAAGUAUUGAAUUUUGCGGUAAGUAAGUAAAUGUGAAUGUAGUUUUGACACUUGAAACUCCCAGGCCGCACGUCAACGAAAUCGAAAUACUGCCAAUUUACUUAGGAAAUACAGUAUAUUUUUUUUUGUUUAAUGUUUUGCAGGCACUUUUUGAACAAGCUAUUGUAGAGAGAAUAUACAUGUUUAAACAAAGUAAUUAAAAAACUGAUUUUAAUAGUGAUAUCAAUUUACUACAAUUUCAGCGUAUGUAGAUUCGGAUAAAAACGGGCAUCUGAUUUUUUUGUAGUUUAAAUAAUGAAUUAUAGGAUUUGCUAAAGAUUUUUUUUUUUCAAUUAAAAAAAACAUAGGUAUCUCAAGUGCUCGUUUUUGUAUGCAUCAAACAACUAAAUCAUUCCAUUACGCAAUAGUUUGUCCACACUUGCAAAAAAAAGUUCACAUAUAAAUGAGGAUCCAAUGUAAUUCAUGGUAAAUUUAACGAUAAUAACCAUCUGCGUAUCAGCACUCCCUAAGAAGUGAUGGAAAAAAAAAUCAAGUCACUAAUAGUAAAGUAUAAGUUUUAUAAAAAACGGAUAGUGUUUUUAAAAUUGGUGGUGUACUUUUAUUUGUAGCUUUUACAGACAAUCUUAAGGUGCACAGUUAUUAUAGAAAAAAAAUGUAUAUUUCCUUUCGAUUAGUAUAUUUGUAAAUAUGAGUUGAUGAAUAAUUCUUUUUUAUAAUUUAUUAAAAAAUACGCAGGUAAAAGAUUCCAAUGAUGGGCUGCCAAUUGCCUAUUUGGUAACUUUUUCCUUGUAAAAUUAUAUUAUUGAGCGAGCGUAAAGCGGCUAUUAAUCUUUUUGUACAAUACCUUGAAAGGAUACAUUAAAAUGGAGGGAUCGUGUGCUCGAUGUUGGUGUACAUGAUUUUAUGUUUUACUUUCUCUUGUUGUGUAAAAUUGUAGCGCGCCAUAUAAGAGAACAUAAAAUGAAUAAAUAAAAUAAAAUAGCUGAACUUCCUUGACGAAUAAAGAGCUGUCCAAUCGCGACUACCCUCUAAAACCAAGAGAAAAGUCUGAUAGGAUUUUACGAAAAGUAUAAAAAAAAGUAAACAAAACAAAAGUGUAUAAAAUGAAAUAUUCUAUGAAGAAAAACCUCCACAUUGACUUUUGCUUUCAAAUGUAAAUUUGUAUAUUUUUAUAUAUUAUUUUCUAUGAUUUAACAUCAGGCUUUUUUGUACAUAUGGUGGAAAGAAAAAAAAAUUGAUAUGGAAGGAAAUGGUAAUUAUCGAUACAGCAUAAAUUAAGCAAAUUUCAGAUAUCAAUUUUGUGAUAUUUUACAUCAUAAUAUGUAUUCGUUAUUUCCUGUGUCAACGAUAAUAACGAUUGUAUUUUUAUUUAGUACGAAAACGACGUAAAAAGCAAAAAUUACGUGCGAUUUUGCGUCUAAGUAACUUGACAAGCAAAACUUGAACGGUUACGUUUUGUCUGAUUCGCCCUUAUUGACCGUUCCUCUUUAUCGAACUUAUGUGGAAAAAGAUGCGAACUUCCAUGUGCUAAUAAAACAUUUUAAAAAUCAA